UAGUAAUUAUUAAAAUAAAUUUUUUUAAAAAACCUUUAUAUAUUACUCCAUACAUUACGUAAUUAUUAUAUUUUCAUACUUUAUAUUCAGCUCCUUAUUUUUUUUCUUUUGGUUGCAGUCUCCCUCAAAAAAAGAUUUCUUUUUAACGGUCGAUCUCAAAUUAGUUAUGGCUUCAAAGAGGAUUCAGAAGGAACUUAAGGACUUGCAGAAAGACCCCCCUGCUUCUUGCAGUGCAGGUCCUGUUGGUGAGGAUAUGUUCCAUUGGCAAGCUACCAUAAUGGGUCCAUCUGACAGCCCGUUUUUUGGGGGUGUUUUCCUUGCGUCUAUCCAUUUUCCCCCUGAUUAUCCAUUCAAGCCCCCAAAGGUCUCAUUCAAAACCAAAGUCUUCCACCCGAACAUCAACAGUAAUGGUAGUAUUUGUCUUGAUAUCCUAAAGGAACAAUGGAGCCCUGCCCUUACCGUAUCCAAGGUGCUGCUUUCCAUUUGCUCUUUGCUUACCGAUCCAAAUCCAGACGAUCCUUUAGUCCCAGAGAUCGCGCACAUGUACAAGACGGAUAGAGUGAAGUACGAGAGUACCGCCAGAUCAUGGACUCAGAAAUAUGCCAUGGGUUGAAGUUGAACACAUUUGGUUCUACUUACCAUGAAUAUCAUCAGCAGGGCUUUAUGCUAUAAUAGUAGUAAAUAAAAAUAGGCAAAAUGGUGCACAAUUUUCUGAUAUUGUUGUUUUUUUGUUUUCUGGUAUUUUGUCCUUGUGUUUUGACUGGUUAAAUAUUUUAUCACUGGUUGAUUUAAUAUUUAUCUGAUAAAGAAUCUGGAUCAA